AUAAUAACAUCGCAUAUGCAACAAUCAUCCCAAAGAUCUUUGUCAAAACUAUCUUCAUUGGAACCAUCUGAAAGAUCUUUAUUGAAACUAUCUGAAAGAUCAUCAUCUGAACUAUCUGAAAGAUCAUCACCUGAACUAUCCCAAAGAUCAUUGCAAAGACUAUUUCAAAAAUUAGCCAAAAAACCAUCCAAAGGACUAUCAUAUAGAUUAAAGUCUACACUAUAUGCAUCAUUUAAACCACCUUACAAGAUUUCGAAUAAUCAACCUACUUAUAUUCCUCCUAAAACUAGAAAAUUAUCAUCAGCUCAAACAAUACCAGCAGUUCGAGCAAGAUCAUCAACUCAAGCAAGACUACUGUUAAACGAUCUUUCAAAUCAUUUUUUACCUUUAACUUACCAAAACAUUAAGGAUAUUAACAAUAAUAAUAAAGAAAUUAAAGAAAUUCAUUAUCAUUUUCAUUAUCAUUUUUAA